AUUUGUUUCAAUAAAGCAUUACAAUACAUAGAUGAUGAAUUUACUACAUUAAUUCAUUUCUAUGCCGAAACAUGGUAUCCAGCUCGUCAAAUUGUAUUGAAUGCUGUACAAAAUCGUUAUUCCAUUGAUUCAUCUGGUGCAAUAAUUUAUAUUGAAGGUAGUGGUUGUCCAUGGAGUGCACAUUUUUUUGAAAUUGAAAAAUCUCUCGCAUUAAAUAAUAAUAAUAAUAAAAAUAUCAAUAAUGAUGAUAUGGAAAAGAGCAAAGAUCUUAUUCUAUUUGUUAUAUUUCAACGUAAAGAUAAUACAUGGACAAUACAAGCGAUACCAUUAAAUGAACAUAAUAAUUUUUCACAAAGACUUCCUUUACCUGAAAGUUGGCGAGGUUUACGUGAUGAACAAUUGAGUAGUAUUGUUGGUCUACCUGAUUGUGUAUUUGUACAUUCUACUGGAUUUUUAGGUGUACAUAAAACUCGUGAAGGUGUCUUACAAAUGGCAAGAUUAACUAUGAAAAUGAAAGAAAAUCAAUAAUUUCUGUUUUUUAUUAUUGAAUUUUAUCUUGGUUUUUGCAAAAAUGAAAAAUGUAUGUAUACACUUUCUG